AUGCUCGCCCAGCCACCCAUCUUUGCCCCACUCGAGCCCGUCGUGUUCCCGCCGCCCUCGACCUCAUCUUCCGCUCCCCUCCCGUUCCCGACGAGCACCGCGCCAAGCGCAGGCUCGACUCGCCUGAGGGGCUCGCACCGACAUGCACGCGCGGCGAGGGACGCGCUCGAGCUCGUGCAGCGGCUCGCCGACCAGGUCGACGGCCGAGGUGGAGGUGGGGACUCGGACGGGGGCGACAGAGACGAGCUAGACGCAGAGCAGGGCAUCAUCGCCAACCUCGAGUCGCACGGCUGGACCUUCCAGGAGACGACGCAGGGCGUGCGCAUCUUCCACUCGUCGUCGCAAGACCCAGGCGCGACGCCGCCCGACCUCGACCGCUCGACCCGCUCGUCCGCCUUCUUCUCGCCGACAAGGAGCACGGCGAGCGCACGAGGCGGCGCAGGUGGACCGCAACCGGCGAGCAGGGGACUGAGGGCAGACGAGGCGUUGCCGUUCUUCCGGGGCGAGGGCUGGAUCGAGGGCAGCUGGAAGAGGGAGGACGUCGCGGCCACCAUCUUGUCGCUCGGCGCUCGCGCGGUGUGGGACCCGAGGAUGGACGCCUCGAAGAGCCAGGUCGUGCAGCACUUGAGCGACACCGACAGCCUCACGCACCUCUGCAUCCGGAGCAACCUCGUCGCACCUCGAGACGCGUCCCUUCUCGGCACCACGGCCCAAGACGAGCGGCCCGGCAAGACCAACGUCACCUACGUCGUCGGCACGUCCGUCGACGAUCCGCUCAUUCCUCGAUCGGGCCAGCGCACGACGAUCCACAUCAACGGGUUCGCCCUGCGGUCCUUGUCUCUCCCUCCCGACUUUGAGCCGCCAGCGCCGGCACCACUGCGUCCCGAAGCGUCGCAGCCCGUCCGCCCGUCGCAUCGCCGCACGCGCUCGAGCGCCUCGGUCAUGCAGACGUCGAGCGCCCUCCUCGCCACCGUCCCUCUUCCACCUGUACCCGGCGCCGACGCGAGCUCGCCGGCUCCACCUGUGCGCCCUCAGCUUCAUGGCUCGGCGACCCACAUCGGCAACUUCAGCGCGCCGCAAACGCCUCCGCCACUCGCGCCACCGCCUCUCGCCCACACGACGUCGUUCUACACGUCGGCCAGCAGCUCGUACAACGCGUCGCCCUCGCUCGGCCCGGGCGAGCUCCCCGGCCCUUACCCUCGGUUUCCCUUCGGCCCGCCAGCAUUCGCGGCCCAGCCCGCCCCGAAACGGCCCUCGCCUUCACGCCCGGCGUUCUGCGGCCCCGGUCUCGGCGUCUCGAUGGUCGUGCGCGCCUCGGCCGGCAUGAACCUGCCGCAGACGACCGUCAACCAGCUCUCGGUCCUCCUCCCGCUCAACAUCGCCGCCAUCGGCCGCUUCCUCGCCGGUCACGGCUUCGCGCCGCACAUCGUGCGCACCGGCGGCGGCGGCGGCGUCAAGGUGCGCGAGGAGGAGUUUGACGCGCAGGCCGGCCGGUACCGCACGACGUUCACGGCUGCGCCUGCGCCCGAGAGCGGCGGCGGCGGCGGCGGCGGCGAGGCGCGCAUCCGGUUCUACGGCGGCGCGUUCGGGCGGGCGAGGUUCCACGUCGAGGUGCGGCACGUCGAGCCCGAGCGUUGGCGCCUCGAGUACGACGUCCCGCCCGGCGCGGCGCAGGAGGGCCGGCUCGACGUGUACCGCGAGAGCGAGGAGGUCGGCGGCGAGGGCAGCGGGCAGUGGCGCAGUCGGCUCGUCGUGACGCUGCGAGGCGCGCCGGACGAGGUCGACGCGCGGCAGGAGCGCAGGCCGUCGGCCGCGUCCCUCCUCUCGCCCAUCGACGGCGACCUCCCCUCUCGCGACCCGGCGCUCCAGCCCGGCCCUCUCGGCGGCUGCACCAUCGUCAUCCCACUCUCGGCGACUCAGCCCGGCCUGCCCGUCAUCGUCACCGUCGCGCGCACGACGAGCGACUCGGCGUCGAUCCCGCUCGCGCGCAUGCGCGGCAUGUCGUCGGCCCUCGCGCAGGCGUCUCAGGUCGUCCUCGACGACCACUUCUCGCUCUGCGACAGCGUCGAGGACCUGCUCGCGUGCAUGACCGAGGGCGAGGCGCGCGCCGACAUGUGCCUCAAGGGGACGAGGCUCGUCCUGCGCGAGCUCGACGAGGCGCGCGACCGCGAGGCGCAGAGUGCGGCGGUCGCGGCGGCGGCGGCGGCAUUUGCCAAGCGUGGGAGGAGAGGGUCGGGCUCGACGACGAGAACGAUGCAGAGGAGGGACGGCAGCAGCGCUCGCCGCGGGUCGGCAGAGUCGGUCACGUUCAGCGCACCUUUCGUCAUGCCUCGACGGGUGGUACCUCCUCCCCUUGAUUAGACGGCGCAAUAGAGCUUAGAUUCCGCCGCUCUCG